UUAGUGCUUCCUGCUGGAGAAAGCUCCGUGUCUCCGCGGUGUUGAUAGGCUGCUGUUUUGUUGAUGUUCUGGCAAUCUGUUACCUACUCAGGAGGGGAGGAGAGGUCACUGUGGCUACUGACUAGCAUUGCGGAUCAUUCCAUGCAUAAAGUUGAUGGUUCAUAGCAGUUCCACCUUGAUAUUUCUACACCAACCUUGAAACAACGACAUGAGUUUCGCUGCCUCUCCGACGAUCGGGGAGUUGUUCCUCACCCUCAGAGAGAUGGGUUUCACUGAAGAACAGAUCCAAGCCGCUGUGCAGGCGGGGCAUUUUUCUGUGACAGAAGCUGCUGAUUGGCUCCUACAGGGUCAGUAUCCACGGCACACGUUGGCUAAGAAAUCCUCACAGCCAGCUGAAACCGCUUUUUCUGCUUUCAAUCUUCCCAAAGAAGCACCAAGCACCUCUACGUCACCCUCAUCCCCCCCUGACAGCAUGGCGUGCGCGUCGUUUGUCCUGAAGCCGUCGCAUCCUUCCCCCCAGCUCAGUGAUCCACCUCUGAUUGAAUCACGGAUCAAACAAGACAAAAGUGACUUUGAAGAGAAGGAGAGACAACGCGUUGCUCAGGAGGUCCGAGCUGAGAAAAGGCAGAAAAAACAGGAGCGUGAAAUGGUGUUAAAGCGGAUCGCCGAGGAUCGGAGGAAGCAGCAGGAGAAAAUCCAGACGACUCCAGUUUCAGAGGCGACGGCUCCCAUCAGCCAGCCGCAGAAACUAGGAGGAAAGAUUCAGACGAAUGUAGACAAUAACUGUAUCCUCAUGAUUCGGAUGCCGUCUGGCGAGUCCAUGAGAGAGCGCUUCUCAGCCGACGCCCCUCUGCGCAGCGUCGUGGAGCACAUCAGCGGACGCCACCCCUCCCUGUCCUCCUUCUCUCUCGUUCAGGGUUUCCCACGAAAGCGCUUCGGCGAGGCAGAGCUGGCGUGUUCGCUGCGCUCUCUGGGCCUGACGCCGAACGCUUCACUGUGCAUUCAAACCACGCCCCCAGAGACACCUCAGGAACCUCCUAGUCCAGUAGAACCCCCUCCAGAAGUUCAGAAUGAGCCUUCACCGCAUGUUUUACCUCCUCAUCCGCACGCACCUGCUGAGUUAGGGGCCAGAGGGCAUGACCCCGUUUUACCACCCCUGCUGCCUAACCACCUGUGGGGGGAGGCGGUGAAUUACGCCGGGAUCCCCGGACUGGAUCCUCCUUUGUCUGGACCUUCUCACUUCUGGGGACGAGGACAGAGACUGGUUCCCGGUGACGGCCAGGAUCCCGGCGUAGAGGCAGAACAGGAAGAAGAAGGCGAAGAGGAACCCCCGCACCAUUUAAACGGAAUGCCCAGGCUGCCUUUCUUUCCAGAGAACAGGAACCGAGGACGAUUCGAGCCUCGGCAUCACUGGCCAGAGCAGGGGAACCGACUCAGGGAGGCUCCAGAGGAGGAAGCCGCUGACCCAGAGGAGGCAGGAGGCCCGGUGGCGCAUGUUGCUGCAGGGCAGGCUGCAGUGGAGCGUCUGCAGAGAGCUGCACAGCAGGAGGACCUCAGCGUCUCUCAGGGACAACCGUCUCCACCUAAAAGACCCUUCAGGACACCAAACGUGCCGUCCCUAUGUGCCUUGGCCACCCGCUCCACCGUCCACCUCAUGACUGCUCCCAGCAUGCAGUACAGCAGCAGCCUGGCAGGUCUCACCCCAGAGCUGGCUGAACUUCUCCUCAACCACAUGUCCCGAGAGAGGCUGCUACGUCCGCGCACCCUGGAGCUCUUCUUCGGCUGCCCGUUGCAGAAGUUUGUCCUGAACUGCUACCCGUACUCCACCAACGAGCUUCUACGGCAGCUACGAGCCUUCACGGCUCUGAAGCAUCUCAGUCUGGUCAACUCUCCCCUCAUCACGGACUCGGGUUUGUCCAUCCUGCCCAGCCUGGGUAAACUCCAGUCCCUCAACCUGGCCGCCUGUAGCAAACUGACCGACUCCUGUCUGCAGUUCAUCACAGGGUUGAAGAGUUUGUGCUUCCUGUCCCUGGAUCAGACUAAAGUGACGGAUGCUGGGAUGCUGCUGUAUCUCCAGUCAGCUCCUUCCUGUCUGACUCAGCUGAGUCUGAACCAGACGGCGGUGACUGAAGUCACACUGGCCGCGCUCUCCACCUGCGUGCCUCAGCUGCGACUUCUCAGCAUCAAGCAAACGAAGGUAAAGGACGUAAGCGCUCUGGUGGAGAUGUCCGGUCUGCAGACUCUGAGUCUGGAUGGGACGGGCGUCACUGAGGCGUCUCUGGAGAACCUUGCCACCCAUCCAGCUCUGUCUUCUCUCAGUUUAGGAGGAAUUACAGUAAAAGACGGUGACCACACACUCGAGAUCAUCUCAGGUCUAAAACUGAGUCACCUCACCCUCCCUGGACGCCACACUGUGACGGACAGUGGCCUGUCUUUCCUCAGCAGGUUGUCUCUGCUGUCAGAGCUGGACCUGACCGACUACACACAGGUCACAGACCAGGGAGUCCACCAGCUCUCCACCAUGACCAGGUUGAAGAAGCUGUCGCUCAGCAACACCCAGGUGACGGAUGCAGGGCUUUCCUCUCUGCGCGGCUUGCAGGAGCUGCAGGAGCUGUGUUUGGACCGAACAGCGGUGACCAGUCGAGGAGUGGCCGAGCUCAUCACCUGUCUGCCUCACCUUCAGGUGUUGGGAUUAGCCAGUACACAGGUGGGAGACACGGUGGUGAGGAGGGGUUUGAUCCACUGUCAGCAGCUGGUUAAGAUCAAUCUUAGCCGCACACGGAUCACAGACCACGGUUUGAAGCACCUGAAGGGCAUGCGUCUCUCUCAGGUGAACCUGGACGGCACUGGCGUCAGCCUGAUGGGCGUCGCCGGCCUCCUCUCUGUGACCAGCAUCAGCAGCAUCCGGGCCAGUAACACUCGCUCCAUUCCACCAGACGAAGUCUCAGAUGAAGAGUGGGAGACUCAGUGACCGUCGACACCUCUCCUCCUCCUGCACCUCCUCUAAUCCCCUGGAACUUGCUGUGGCCAGGAUUAUAUGAGAAUGGCAUUGAGUGAAACACUCCAACUUGCACCGUUUCAGCUGCAGCUAGUGCCACUAAUCGGACAAUCACAAGCUGAAACCUUUAACGGAGUGCUUCCUGCUUAAGGAUAACUCCUUUUUAUUAACCAUGCAUCAAAUAAAAAUCAUUUACUCAUUGUGUCCGGAAACGCCUGCUUUUGUGCAGGUUCACAGGUCAACGUGAACAUUCUGCUGCAUGUUUGUAGAAGAUCGACUGGAGAUUGUUCAACUAAACACGGUGGAUGCAGAUUUCUCAUUCUGAUUGUUCUGUUAGAAUAGUCACGUCUGAUAGCGGCUUUAUCAUUUGAGUGGAAACAUCAAGACUUCUGAGGCAGAUUUCUAGCCGUACAGCUGCACUGGAGCAACUUCAUGCCUGCAUAUUUGUCCCGUUUUUAUUAACCAUCACAUUCCGUGUCAUUUUGCACCAAAAUCAGCUUUCAUGGUCCAUUUUAAUGCCGUUUAAAGCAGAUGUCCAUUUACCUCGUAGAGCACCAGAGCCCAAAGAUCUUAAUUUUUGUUUAGAGCUGCAAUAGUUUAUUUUGCUGGAAGGCUGUAUGAUGGAUACAGUCCCCUCUUAUUUGCUGAAUAAAAAAACAUCCUCAGUUUGA